UGCCAGCUCCAGCCCCUGGGGCGCCGAUCUGAAGGGGUCAAAGGAAAUCAUUUUUUCCUGCGGGGGGGGGGGGGGAAGCCCUGAUUUCCGGUCACCCUGCUGUCGUGUCCCCCCCCCCCCCAGAUUUCAGAGGUGCAGGCGAAGGUUGCUGGCAGCUCCUGGGGGGAGGGGCAGCUCUUUGUUCCCGUCGGAUCUGGGGAGCAGGAGGGACGAGUGGAAGGUGCCCCGGGACUUGCUGCAGUGACCGCUCCGCGGGUGCCGCGUGUGGCUGGCCGGGCGAAGGGGAGCAGGGGGCCGGGGGACUGGGAGGAAGGGAGACAGCGGCUGAGACCUGCCGCUCCCUGGCUUGAGCUGCGAGCCGCGGGGGGCUAGCUGGGCUGCGAUGGCAUCCGCCGCCGGCCUCCCGGAUGGCCCCCGUCCCUAGGGCCCCGGGGCGGCCGGCGGGAGGCCGGGGGAGCGGGCUCAGCAGCGCGGCGGCUCUGGGUCUGGCGCAUGGUGCGCUGUGGCGCGCCGGCGGCCGCUGGCCGGGACCCCUGAGUGACUGCAGCCCGGCCCGCGGGAAGAUCUGCCGGGGGCACAGGAGGGGGAGGAUGGCGGCCGCGGGGCCCGUGUGUAAGUGUCCCCGGACCCGGCUGCCCGUAGGGGGGGCCAGCGCCUUGUGUGUCUUUGUCCUUUGCUGGCUCUACAUCUUCCCCGUGUACCGGCUGCCCGACGAGAAGGAGGUCGUGCAGGGGGUGCUGCUGCAGCGGGGCAAGGCGUGGAGGAGCAACCAGACCGCAGUCGCCGGCUUCAGGAAACAGCUGGAAGACUGUUGUGACCCCAGUCAGCUCUUUGCUAUGACAAAACAGAACUCUCCACUGGGAAAGAACCUCUGGUUUGAUGGGGAAUUUUUACAUUCUGUCACUAUUGACAAUGCAACUUACUCCCUUUUCCCACAGGCUACCCCAUUCCAGCUCCCAUUGAAGAAAUGCUCCGUGGUGGGAAAUGGUGGGAUUCUGAAGAAGAGUGGCUGUGGCAGACAAAUAGAUCAAGCAGAUUUUGUCAUGCGAUGCAACCUUCCUCCUCUGUCCAGUGAAUACAGCAAGGAUGUUGGCUCCAAGACCCAGCUGGUGACAGCUAAUCCCAGUAUAAUUGAGAAAAGAUUCCAGAAUCUGCUUUGGUCUAGAAAAACCUUUGUGGAUAGUGUUAAAGUCUAUAACCAUAGCUACGUCUAUAUGCCAGCCUUCUCUAUGAAGACAGGGACAGAGCCAUCCCUUCGGGUUUACUACACCCUGGAGGACUUUGGUGCCAACCAGACGGUGCUCUUUGCCAAUCCCAACUUCCUCCGUGACAUUGGCAAGUUUUGGAAGAGCAAAGGAAUCCAUGCCAAGCGGCUUUCAACAGGUCUCUUCCUUGUCAGUGCAGCCCUAGGUCUGUGCGAAGAAGUAAUCAUCUAUGGCUUCUGGCCUUUUUCAGUGGACCUGCAUGGAAGGUUUAUCAGCCAUCAUUACUAUGACAAUGUGUUGCCUGAUUCUGGGUUCCAUGCCAUGCCAGAAGAGUUUCUACAGCUCUGGUUUCUUCAUAAAAAUGGUGUAUUGAGAAUGCAGCUAGAACAAUGUGAGGCCCAAUCCUCUGUUUAAGGACCAUAAGGAAGAGCAUGGGGGAUUCUCUUCGUUUUAAUUUCCAUAUUCUCCAAAAAGAAAAUUAAAAGAGAAGGGGAAAAUAUUUAUGGAUUUGCAGAGAUCUUAAAGAUGCUACUUGUUCCAUUGAUAACAUGAAGGCCAAACAAGAGAAAAGUCCUUACACACAGUGUUAUGGAACAGAGAAAUAAGUAGCUUUCAUGGAAUUCACUCUGCAUAAUUAUGAAAUUACUCUUGGAAGCAGCACCCCGAUCUUGAUUGGUUCUCGUUUUAAAAGAUCAAUUUAAAAGGGGCAUUAAGCGUUGGAUGGAGGCUGACUGUGCUAAAUACUACUGGCUGUUGAAAAUCCAUUUAAUUCCAGAUUAGCACAACCCUCUUUCUUUCCUUCCUUUCUUACUACCUUCCUUCAAGCCACCAGCUCUCAGUGACUUCAAGGGAUGGAGCUGAGGGUGCUUAGACUCUGGUGAAACAGUGCCCAGUUUUUGUAAUAGAGCAAUCCCUGUAUAUUGGGAAAACCCCUACCUAACCACAGUGUUUAGCAGUUGUAGUCCAGAACACUUCAGUUUACAACCAUGUUAAUAUAGCAUUGUGGACUAGAGGUGGUUGGAAAAUGCUAAUAAUUUUUAAUGAAACGCUGACAAAUUCUUUGGGAAAUGUCAAAGCUAAAAACAAUUCAAGUAGCUUGGUUUUAGCCUAUUGUUGUAGAAUAGUACGUUUUGUAAUAAGGGCUGCUCCUGACCAAUUUACUGUACAAUCUUUGAGUCUAAUUCUGUAUUCCUUCUUACUUCAAAUGCUCAUUGAUCUCAAUGGGAGUUUGAGGUCCACAAAGGAAUGCAGGCUCAGGUUCUUAAUUUUCUUGUAGCACAGAUGGUACACAGUGAGUACAGGUGUCUUUUAAAAUUUGUUAAAACAAUGAAAGUCCUUUUUCCUUGAAGCAGUGUUCUGUUUGUGUGAUUAGAUCCCUUCCUGUUUGUAUUGCAAUGCUGGCCAUAAAGUCUUAUUUUUUAUUUUUCUCCUCAGAUCAUCUCUGGUCCAAGAUAUUAUUUGAAAAAUAAAACCGCUCUUGGGAGCACUCUUUAAAAACUACGUAGUGAACAAAAAGUAAAUGACCCUGUCAGGUGCUUACAUAACACAGUCACUCUCCUUGAAAUCAGUGAGUUAUGUAAGUGUGUACAUUUCACUUAGGCUGCUCUAGCCUUUUCAUUGCUUCACAGACUGUUUUCAUUUUGUUUAUUUCUCAGCUGGCCCAUGGUCCUGGAACCUUUCUAAUGCAGUGUAAAUUAGUACUCUUAUUUUUAGGACUGUGACAAAAAUAAAAUAUUUGUACAUCAUCAUCUUUGUUGCAAUUUAGCCUUUUAAAUUCAGAUUUGCAUCCUUGUUGCUCUCUACUCCAUCACUAGUAGCUACAAACUGUCAAAACAGCAAAAAACGAGAACAACAGACAUUGGAUUGCCACAAGUAUUUCCUGUGCUAUGCAUAUUAGUUUCAAAUAGGCAAUGCUUUUUUUUUUUUUUUUUUGGUAUGUCCUAUCAUGCUUUGAUGUUUUUAUUUUUAGUGUCAGCUGCCUGCAAUAUGGAAAUAAUAAUUUUAAAAAUCCCUCAAAUGUUUAUGUAGGACAGAAACAGAGAAAUCUUCACACUUCUGAUUUUUUUAACUGUACAUUUCAGAAUAAAAUCAUUUUAAAGAAUAAUAUUCCAGAACAUGAAAGAGGCAUCAUUUAAGUUUGCAUUUCAGUCCUAAAAGAAGGUGGGACAUUAUUUGGAUUACAUAGUGUUUUAGAAAUUUGUAUGCUCAAAUUUGACUGGGUUCUGUCAUUUGCUUUAUUUUUGUCUAUAUUAAGAAAGUAAAAUCAACAAUUCUGACAGAAUGCUGCAUAACCUGGUAAUUCUUUCAUCAUGGACCUAUUCAUUUUAUUUAUGCAAGGGUAUUCAGCAAGGAAGGAUUUCAGAGAAUCAAAUAAUUUUCUUGCGGCAAGUUGUAUCAAAUUUUACUAAGCUUUUUUUUGGACCAGAAUGGAUAACUGUUGUUUUAUUGUACAUGUCAGGACAUUGAAGUAUUUCUUGAGAAAUUGUUGUCUGUAGGAACAUAACCAGUUUGGAAUUCUGUUCUCCCAGGCUUUGGGGAAAUAAUCUGAUCAGGGUCAUGAGAAAAGUGGUAUCUUCAUUGGAAAGCUUAGUACGGUUGUUCGUACCUUAUGGCUUGGAGCCACUGAUGGAAUCCUCAGCAAUUGUCUUGUGCAUGGGGGACAUCCCAUUCUCUCUCUGUUUUAUUGAAGUAGCAGACUUACUGAAUCUUUUCCUAAUGAUUUCUAUGGGUCCUUCCUGACAUUUGAAAUCUAUCAUACUGAAUCCCGAGAGAUCGCCUAUAAAAUGCUGAGGGAACCAGAAAGGCCCAAGGUACACUUGGUACACUUAAAAUCUUCAUUUUGGUACUGGGAAUAUUAACCAAUUCUAGCUGUAUUCCCUAUUUAAGAAUAAGGAAUAUUGCUGGCUCCAAUCAUAGCUCCACCCAUACAUUUCUAAGGGCUUAUCUACAUGAACACGUAGUUCACGACAAGCUGGCAUGCGAAUCUAUCCCCCCACUAACCCAACACACACUAAGUGUUUGUUUGUGUAGACCCUACUGCAGUGCACUAAAAGCUCCCUCGUGUGCUUUUGAUCUACCCUGAAGCAUAAUUAAAGUUCAGAAUUCCAGAUACAGACUUCCUAUUUUAGGCUGCCUGGGUUUGUUUGUGGUUUUCUCGUGACCAGGCAGAAGGCUGCCAUGUUGCGGGAAGAGCUACCUGUCACUGUCUCAGUGGAAGUAAAGUAAACCGUGGUUGCAGCAGCAGCUGUGUAGGAGGAGAGUACAGGUUUAUAUCAGAAGGGGAAGUCAUGCCACAAUGAAGAAGUUGAUGAAAUCCUAGGUCCCCCCUCAACUCCUAGGUCCCCCCAACUCCAACAAGCUAAUAUCCUGUGUUUACUGUCUCCUUCAUGAAGGCAACUUCCUGCUUUAGGUAGAUGGUGAUGAUGGCAAAGAAAGCAUUCCACUCUUCUUCCCCUAGAUAAAUACAGUAUGUCUCUGCAGCAAGAGCUCUCUUGAGGUUGGUAAAAUCUUGUUAGGCCAUUGCACUUGGUAUUGGUAAAAGUGAGGACUUCCUUGUCUCACAGUUGGUGAGGUGUGGGAGAUCUCACAUAGAGUUCCUAUUGAUUAAGAAUAGAGUGUGUGUCUCUAAGGUACUCUCUUUUAAGUUGCUUUAAAGUUUCAGUAGUUUGUGGUUUUGGGAAAUAGGGACAACAUAACUUCAGAGGCACAGGACAAACUUCUCCUCUUGGUUCUGCAGGGAGGAACUCCAUUGCAACCUUCGGCACGUGGCCCAUCACGGUAAUCUGCUGGCGGGCUGUGAGACAUUUUGUUUACUUUGACCAACUGCAGGCAUGCCCCCUCCUGCCCCCCCCACAGCUCCCAGUGGCCAUGGUUCGCCGUUCCCGGACAACGGGAGCUGUGGGAAGCACUAGUCUGGCACUAAAAACAAUCUGCAGAGCUGUCUGAGUCUUGUUUUUUCAGAUGAUCUGUAUAAAUUUACAGUACAAGUUAUGCAGAUCUACUGUUUUCCUAUUUAAGGGACUGAUCCAGUGCUUACUAACGGCAAAGGGAGUGUUUCCACUGACUGCAAUGGGCAUUGGAUCAGGUCCAAAAUAUACAAAGUAGAAAACAUUUUAAAGUUUCCUAGUAACAAUAUGAACCUCUUUCUAGCUCACGUUUUCCAUCAUUUUCUUUGCCAUUUCAUAAGAGUACCCUUAUAAUGAAUAUCCCCAAAUUCUGCAGCAUCCCUUUUGUAAGCUGUAGUGUUUUGGACCAUUACUCUACAGUAUUGCAGUAUGUAUUAUAAAGAAUAUUUGGGAUAUCUUCAUUUUAGCUCAUUGCUGCCUUCUGCUUGAGUCUGCAAUUAGUCAACAAGGAGUUUGUAACAUCACAGUCAUGGCUGCAGGAAUAGACUGCGAUGUCACAGAUGCAACACUAUAGGCUUGAUUCACUCCACUGGAUAGGUGACAUUUGCACUGCUGCCUUCACCCAGUAUUUCUCCACAGGAAGGCAGCUUUAAACUGUUGCUGGGGCUCCGUGAGAGUCCUGUUGGCAAAUACUUCCUGGGAGAUGUGCUGAAUUUGGCAUAUCCUCAGAGUGCCCUGGCCAUGCCACUGUGUCCAGUGCCAUUCAUUUUUGGGCUAUGUUGCCUACCAGUAGGGCCCUUUAUGGAACGAUGGCUCUGGAUACCAUGUGAUACUGUUCCUUUCCUGCUUCUGUACAGACUUUCCUUCUCUGGAUGGCCAGGAUUUCCUUGCCACGUCUGGGUUCACUAAGAAGUAAAGGUUUUCUAAAGGAAUCCUCCAUGUUUUUUCCUGUCCAGUCACCUUCUUGAAGUCAGAUUUUUUCCAAACUUUUUAUUAUGAUUUUAAAAUAAAAGGAGUCUGGAAAAAUAUAUACAUAAAUAACUGCCAUUUUAAAUCAUACCUUUUGAUAAAUGAUGUUAUCAUCCAUUUUAAAUCUUACCAACUAACCAUAGGCUGGAUUUUGGUGAUAAAGAUCCAAAUUCUGUGCUGACUUGCACCCUGUAAAUAUGAUUGGAGUGAAUGAAGUUGUCCUGGGUGUAAACCAAUGGAGAAUUUGGCUAUAAAGCAGCAUGUAUUAAGACUUUUCAUAGAGGAUAUUAUUUUAAAAUAAUUUCAAGUGGUUUUGGGGGAAUUCCAGAUAUAUUUUUGUAUUAGUUUUACAUUUAUUUCAAUUGUUUUCAUGUUUUAUGCUGGCAAGAAUGUUUUGUCACUAGGACUGCUCUUUGGCAGUGGACAUCUGGCAUUUGUACAGUGAAUGCUUUAAAAAUGUAAUUGAAACAGGAUUUUGAUAGUUGAAAGUUAUGAAAUUACUAACAAAUUUACUAGCCUGUUUAAUAAACAUAAACUGGCAAAUGUUCCUAAAAGAACCUCAAAUAUCAAAAGGAAGUUAUACCUACUGUCUUCUGUUUAUACACGGUAUACAACUACUGGAAGACAGAAUGCCAUUUGCUAUCUGAUUUCUGCUAAUUGUUUUCACUGGUGUAUAUUGAGCUCUGGUAGGACUAUCUCCAAAAUGAUGAACAUUUGAAAAUAAAAAGUGUCUAAAUGAAGCUGUUGUAUAAUAUCAACCAGCAAACCACAUGGGGCACUCUGUGAACAUUGAAACAGCAUUCCAUGUUCUCCCCUCAACAGUGUGAAGACUUUUGGUCUGACUCAAAGGGAGUAUGGGGUAAUUACAACCUCAGGAUGGCACCAUACAAGCCCUGCUUCCAUUGAGUGCUUCUGGGAAUUGGGAGGUGACCUUAGUGGCUGGAGCUAGCUCUGCUUUCACCAGAGCUCUGAAACCAGCAUAUUAUACCAGAUCCUAAUUUACCACCAGUAUUAUAAAGUAUACAGUGACUGCAAGGUUAAUACAUAUUUUUUUUGUUGUCUUGGCUUUCAAAGAUGUUAAGCAACCAUAGCUCCUACUGAGAUCAAUAGGAGAGGUAGUGGCUUAUCACUUAUGAAAAUUAGCCUGUUUGUUGUUCUGAAGUGCUUCUUGAGACUGAGACAAGUAAGGAUUUAGUCUCAUUUAAAUAAUUAGGAGUUUUGCCUGUUGGAUUGGGGCCUCUGUAUGCAAAAUGACAUACACGGGAUAUUGGAAAACCUGCAUUGUUCCCCCAGGUGCAAUCUAAAAAUUGAACAAUUCAAAUGUUGGUCAAAGAUAACUUCUCUUCUGUGGUCCUGAUCAUCCUUCCCUGGCAGUGAAUCUCCAUUACCAUUAUAUAUACUGUUUUGCAGUAGCAUAGAAAGAUUCUAGUCAGGAUCAUAGUGGAGUUAAACAUAUAUGAUGACAUAGUAAGGCAAUGGGGCAGAAGCAAAUGCUUAAAUGCUUUGCUGAAUCAAGACCUAAAUUAGUCAAAGACUACCAGCUCUCCCUUCCUCCCUGGAGCAGUUAACUUCUCCAUCUCCUCAGCAGACAUCACAGUGGCACCAUAACAGCUAAGAAAGAUGCUCAAAAACAUUUCAGGAAGGGGCUGAUCCAAAGCCAAUGUUCUGUUGACUUCAGUGGGCUUGGUCCAGAACCUAAAUCUAGAAAUAGUGACAGUCAUGCUGGAAAAGAUUCAGUUUAAUUAGAGCUGGAAAUUUUGCAAGAAAAAGCUUGCAUGUGAGAUUUCAUGUCCUUCCACUAUCAGUCAAUCUGGAAAUACAGCUAGUAAUGCACAGAGAGGGGCAUGAUUACAUCAGAGCCGCAAACUUCUCGUUUCUACUCCCAGUUCUGACGCUGACCUGCCUGUGUGCUGGGGUUUCCCCUCCUGGAACAUGGCAAUAAUAUUUUACCUGCCUUAGAGGUGUUUGAAGCAUUAAUUAGUUGAUGUUUGUGAAGUGCUUUGAAAAUGAAAAUCACUAUACAAAUGAUUGAUUUAUUAUUUCAGCACUUCCAUUCUGAUCAGAACCAGGGAGUGCAAUGGCAAGAUUAUUUUGAAAAUUAAAAAAAAGUUGGUUGAAGUUUUUUUUGGCAGUUUAGAUAGUUCCUAUUUGAUAACAGCCAGUUCACCCUUCCUGGUUAAGAACCACCCUCACUUUUAGGGUACAGUGAGGAUACGGCCUUCAGACUGUGUCAGAGGUUUUAACAGACCAUAUGGGUUUUUCACCCCUCUCAGUAAGUGAAUGUUUUUGCUUUUUAAUGG